AUGACAAUGGAGGACAGAAGCAGCUGCACCGGCGGCAGAGAAAGGCUAGGGCUGAGCUUCACUAUUGACUACCUUCUGUUCAAUAAAGGAGUCAAAGGUUCCAAAGAAGAAGCGACAGGAAGUCGUACGGCAGAGCAGACAACGAACAACAUGCUAAAUCAUCCUAAACCCGAAGAAGUGGGGAUUUGCUCUGAGAUACAGGAAAAGCGGUUACAGAGGUCAGCGGCGGAGACGGAAGAAAGGGAAGUCAAAGAAGAGGAAGGGGAUGAAGAGCAACAAGAGGAGGGGCAGGAGGAAGUGACCACCGCCACAUCUACCAGCAGCGGUCAAGAGAAGUCUGCGGACAAACCCAACCAGUCGUACAUCGCACUCAUCUCCAAGGCUAUCCUGGCAUCAGAGCAGAAGAAACUGCUGCUAUGUGACAUCUACCAGUGGAUCAUGGACCACUACCCUUACUUCAAGAGUAAGGAUAAAAACUGGAGGAACAGCGUGCGUCACAACUUGUCGCUGAACGAUUGCUUCAUCAAAGCAGGGCGCAGUGACAACGGUAAAGGCCACUUCUGGGCGAUUCACCCAACAAACUACCAGGACUUUUCUAACGGAGACUACCACUGUAGAAGGGCACGGCGGAGGGUGCGCAGGGUGGCGGGACAGCUCCCCCUUUCCUCCCUGAGAUCCCCCUACCAUCCUGCCUUCACCCGGCCCCACAGAACGACCUCAUAUGUCAUCCCCGAGGUCCGCUGUUUGAUCUCUCCCCACCAGUGUCUGCCUCCCCGGGGUCGCGUUGACCUGUUGAUUGGCAGCUGCGAUCAGACAUAUGGUGGGACGAGGCAUCGACCGCAGCUCCCCGGAGACAAAAGCAGACUAGUGGGGUUCUUCCCCCCUCCCCUCUUCCACCGCGCCGAGGAGCCGAGCAGCAGCACCGAGGAAGAGGUCUCAUCCCGCCACUAG